GAUCAUAAAGAUUAUAGAAUGGAGAAUGAAAUUAAUUCUAAAAUUGUAAAGUUUCAAGAUCAACAAAAGAACAUUGUUGAUCAAAUUCCUGCUCUUUCACAUUUUGCACAAAUAAUCAGAAAAAAUAGUAUUUGUAAGAUGCAUGAAUUUGCUCAGCAAGCGGACAUGUACUUUAAAACAUAUCUCUAUAAUUUGGCUCAAAAAGAACAUGUUGGUACUCAUAGAGAAGAGAUUAAGCAAAAAAUAGAAGACAGAGAUAUAAUGAUUCAUGAUUUUUGA